AUGGAAACAGAUACAGAAUUUAUUUCAAUCGCUGCCACAUUAAAAGAGCUGCACGCAUAUGCCAAGCUGCUUUAUCUCCGCGAUGGUCGUCAAUUCGAAGACAAAACGUUCUAUGAAGAAGCUGAAGAUGAGGCAUCAUCAAACGAUUCCGGCAACGACGACAGCUCAUCAAAGAAUGUUUCGCUAGGCAACCUUGAUACAGACCAUUUGCGUCGCAGGUUCUUGGAUAGAUUGUCCGAGAUAGUUUCGCCAAUGAAAGGAGGUCGCCAUGUUGUUGCUAGCUAUAUGUUUUACUGGCCUGACAAGGUUAAGGUCUUCUUAGCAAUAAACUCAGGGUUCGUUGAAGGAGAUGCAGUGUCUACAUUCUUAGACAGCUUGUGUAAAUCCUUGAAGGAUAUCGCUAUGGCUCCAGAUUAUGAGAUUGAGAAGAGCAGGAAUGCACUGUGGAAGUUGGUACUUCGUCACCAAUCAUCAAGACUGACCACCACCAUCGUCGAUUUGCGGCAAGUCAUGAAAAGCUUCCCACACCUCCUCCCACAACGAGCUGCUUCGGAUUUAUCUAGCAACAAUAUUGUUUUAGACAUCGACGGAAGCAUGCUUGUAUUCGAGGACUGCUUGAAGCUAUUGGCUCAAUUACUUUUUGACAAUGUCGAUUCGGACCUGAAACGGCACAGCGGUCUUAUAAGCCUCAGUUACGCUCUCUAUCGAAAAUUCCGAGUCGAGAAAUUUCAGGCUCUCGGUCGACAAGGCGAAAAGCUACGUAAGAUAAUCGGCUUCUUGGGCCGCCUCCAGAUGUCAUUCCAGGACCUUGUUACAGCUGCGGGUCAAAUUCCUGGUUUUGACGACCUGUUUCUUAUUCCUGUGGUUAAACCAAGGCUCGAGAAGAAUAUCCUUAACGAGGAAUGGAGUCUAAUUAGGACACUCGGCGCCUUGAAAGUUCAGGUAAACGAUACGGCGAUUGAGAAGCUGAUGAAAACAUCAAGCCGAAGGACCAAAUGGACCAAGAACAAACUCAUCAGCGGCUUUUCUCGAAACAAGUCACCGUCUUGGGAAGUACAUGCCGAAAUCCAGCUCAUAGCCUUUACCCUUGGCCAUCCCAAUGACAUUGCCAACGGAAAAAGCUGGACUAUUCCCCCUGGAGACAGCCUCGGAAAGAAUGAACAACAGGCGCUGCACAGUGCUGCAAUAGGAGUUAUAUCGUGGAUGAGAAAGGAGCUGAUUGGAACUAUGAUGCCACCGGCUCGGAGAAUGCCAGAGGUCAAGGAAUCCACUGUUGGCGGCAGUUCAAUUUCUAUGCCGGGGACGAGUCAAGGAGGCCUCCACCAAAACUUUGCCACGUCCGAACACCUCCGUCGCCAACGAGCUCAAAACAAUCGCAUGCCAUGCAACCAAGACAGUCUGUCGGAAUCCGUCGAAGACGGUAACUUCUCGACACCUGAAGUCCAGAGUUCGACGCUCCUAAUAAGUACCGAGAAAACUUGCAUAAGAUGCCUCGAAGAAACAACUCGACGAUGCUCUCACUGUGGAGAAGGUUUAUUCUGCAACGAGAACUGCGAACGCAAAAUGCCGUUAUCGCACCUACUCAAAUGCAACAUGCGACAAGUCACGUCAGCAGACUACCUUUUUGAAGAUGUUCUGGAUGAUACGAUUCCCACAGACCCCCAGGUACUGGAGGACUACUGGUUUGAUCGAUGCCACAACGCCAAUGAAAAAUCGCAUCUGUGCGGGCUUUUCGCCGGACUUUUACUCUACCAUCCGGAUCAUAUUUCGCGUGAGACACUUCACCAGUGGCGGUCGGAGCCAGGCGGAAACCCAUACCUGGUCGCACAGAUAGUUGUAAAAUUCGACGAGUUACCGAAGGGUAGCGCGGGAGGCUAUUUCCCGUGGUUCCUCAGACACCGCAAACGCUUCGAACUAGCAGAAGGUCAUGGAUCAAUACCCCAAGCACCAACCCCCGAGAUGCAUGUACAAAACAUGCAAGCCAAAGCCAGGAGGUACCUAGCUGUUGAAGAUCAAAACAAGGACUUCAGGGACUUGGCUCCUUUUUCGAAAAUGCAUUGCUUUGCAUUCUACUCCAUUGUCAUAGGCAAUCAGCACCCACCCCCAAUGAACCAAACCGACUGCUUUUGGUUCGAUUUCGGCUUCGUUGUGUGCCGAGACCAGUAUGAGGAAGCCUCAUUGGGCGGUAUGUAUAACACAAUGCUGUUCGGAUCGAGAUCACAACUGGAAUACGCAGAAAGUCUUGGUUCCUCAAGUUCAGCGAGGUUUGUCAAGAAGAGAGAUCCCGCCUGUACCUUUGACGAAUUCUGGAGGGCUUGGGAUAAAGGCAAGCUUAUGGCCAUAUUUGACAAGUGUUGGCCAGAGCUCAAAACCCGACGCACUCAUGAAGCUACUGAGUACAGAAUUCUGAAUCGUUUGCGUGGAUUCAUAGAGUCAGAGACGCCUCGUCCGUCUAUUUGGAAGUUGCGUCACUUCGUUGCACUAGACGAUAUCUCUGUCGAGUCUUCUGUACCUGACAUAGCCUGGGCGGCUCGAGAAUAUGGAUUUUCCGAAAGGUUAGACACGAGACUGACUCUGGAGCUAAGGAGUUUCUAUGUGCAGCUAUUCAACAAGGCAGAGCCAAUGGAAAUUUACCGCCAGAGGAUAAAAGGUAAUUUAGUGCAAUUUGCAGAGCAGUAUGUUGGUAGUAGUCACUUGAGGAUAAAGGAACUACUUCAGGGCCUUUGA